CCUCAAUCUCUAAUCAUCAUCAAAACUUGACAAGACACAGUCAAUCCCUAUUCUCCCUGCACCAUGCGCUUCUCAACCUUUGUCGCUACCAUUGUCAUCCUUAUCCAGACGUCAUUCGUGGCACACACCCUGGCCAUGCCCAUGGCCACAUCCUCUACCGAGGCCUUCACCCUGCGCCAGGCUACCGCGGAGCAGAUCAUCACACGUCAGAUCAUCAAAUUCCAGCGAGCCAAACUCAACCGAAUGAAGGAAGAGGAUCUCGCUUCAGGUCUAGCCAUGUCAAAGACGAAGCGUCUGGCACCUCAGCCAAAAGUUUCCAACGGGGCCACAAAGACCUAUCCUACUUGCAAUGUAGCUGGGGUCAACGGGUACGCAAGAUACGUCGGAUGGGACCUUUACAACGACGAUCUCGCGGGAAACCCACAUUACACCAAAACCAGAACAGAGGCAGACUCUAUCGCUUUGUGCAAUGACAACUCGAAUUGCGCCGGUGCCGUCAUCAUUGAGGGUGGUCCGUCCUACCUUAAGGGCUACAAAGUCUCCUCGGGCAACUUCUUGCCGCAGCCGGAAGGCAUCACAACCACCAUGUACCUUGACCUCAUCGGUCAAUGCUCCGACUGGGCACCAUACGUGCCCGCCGCCGCGGACGCGAUCUGUUGCAACUCGUACGGUACGACCUCCAGGAGGAGCUAGAAUAUUAGAGUAUUGUUUUUUUGGGCCUUCAUCGUUGUAGCACU